CUGGGAUUGUGAAGUCGUACUAUUGGAUUGCCUGGUAACGCAAAAGUUCAACGGAUUAUUUUUGGAGGAGCUGGACGCUACUAUCGCAAUGUGUGCCGUCCAGUAGAUUCGCUCAACCACCGGCUCAUUCCUUCAAUGAACUGCUCCCGCACCUGGCUGCUGGGGCCGCAGAAAUCGGCGAUGAUUUGUUCUUUGAAGGUUUGGUUGACGGGCAUACCCAGGGGCGCUGCGCUGGACGGCCAGGUGGCGUCCACGGUCAUCCAGCCCGAUGGGGUUUCGACACGCAGG